AACAUUAAAUUGAGGGAUUAUAUUCUUUUUGUCAAGUAUGUUUUAUUGAGGAAGACUGUACAUCUGCAAUCAAGAUCAUGCAUCAUUCAUUGUUUAUUGAUGUUUUUGGGCAAUCAAUCAGUCUGAACAAAACAAGAAAUUCAAAUUGCCCAGGACCACUAUCUUCCCUAUCCCUAUCUUCUCCCACUUAUUAAAGAUGAUACAUCCAAUAUCAACCUGUUAUCUCAGUGUUUACAAGUCAAGUCAUAAAAUAAUAAAGAAAAUAUUUAAGGUUUGAAAAAAAGCAAAUUACACAAUGAAGUGCUGAGGUUAGUUAGUUUGAAAACAUAAUAAAGCUGCCAUUGCUGUGUGAUACAACAAUGAUUAUCUCCUGACAAGGGAUUACAUGACAAGUUAAAAUGUAAGCUUAGAAUCAAGAUCAGAUGUAUUGUUGAAUAUACAACCACAGCCAAGUUAAUAUUACAUUCAAGCAACUUAUAUGUGACAGUUUUUACUACCUCCUCUUCAUUUACUGUUAUAUAUAGUCUACAGGUGUGUGCCAGCGUCUUUAUCUGCGUAUCUCGUCUGUGAGAGCAUAACAACUACACUAUCUUCAUUUUACACUUUCUGAUCUACGUGGCCAUGGCGGACAAAGAACCUGAAGCCCUGAAAAUGAAGCGGGAAAUUGGGUUGAUAGGCGGCGUAGCACUAGUUUCAGGGACUAUGAUCGGAUCUGGUAUAUUCAUGUCCCCACAGUUUGUGCUGGCCUUCGUGGGAAGCCCGGGAGCAAGUCUGGUGAUCUGGGCUCUCUCAGGAGUUGUAGCUAUGUUUGCAGCGCUGUCCUAUACUGAGCUCGGGACGAUCAUUCCUGAAUCUGGUGGGGACUUCAUCUACAUACUGAGGAUCUAUGGUUCAUGUCCUGCCUUUUUUGCAGCAUUCACUUUUAUCCUGGUUGUGAAGCCGUUCAGCAUGGCGGCAAUGGCAAUUAGCAUUGCAGAGUAUGUUAUAGCACCUUUUUACCCAGACUGCCAUGCUCCUCAGCUGGUAGUGAAGUGUGCUGCAGCUGUGACUAUACUGGUUGUUGCCAUAGCCAACAUCUUGAAUGUCCGAGCUGCCAUCAGAAUCCAAGUGGUCUUCUUGGUGGCAAAGGUGCUCACUUUGACUUUAAUUGUAAUUGGAGGGAUAGUGGAGCUCAUACAGAGCAGCAGUGUCAUUGUGGAAAGUUUAAAAGUUGAGAAUGCAUUUAAAGGCACUCAGUACUCUUUGAGCACUCUAGGAAUGGCUUUUUUUCAAGGACUCUGGUCUUAUGCUGGCUGGUACAACCUGAACUAUGUCACCGAGGAGCUAAAAAGACCAGAGGUGAAUCUUCCUAGGGCGGUUGUCAUUGCCAUUUCUCUGGUGACUGGCUUAUAUCUGCUGGUGAAUGUGAGCUACCUGACAGUAAUGACACCUAGAGAGCUCAUGUCCUCCAGCGCAGUAGCAGUAACCUGGGGGAAUAAGGUGCUAGGAAGCUGGGGCUGGAUCAUGUCUGUGGCUGCAGCAUUGUCUGCUUUUGGUUCACUGAACGGGACAUUCUUCAGUGGUGGCCGUGUGUGCUUUGUUGCUGCCAGGGAGGGACACAUGCCAGAUAUACUGGCCAUGGCUCAUGUCAACAGACUGACUCCAUCUCCAGCCCUGAUCUUCACCACUCUUGUCUCUCUGGUAGUGCUGAUCCCCGGAGACUUCCAGAGUAUUGUCAACUUCUUCAGUUUCACUGCCUGGUUUUUCUACGCCAUCACCCUAUCUGGACUUAUCUACCUUAAGAUUAAGAAGCCGGAGCUCCCCAGGCCGUACAAGGUUCCCAUUAUACUCCCCAUACUGGUCCUCAUUGCAGCAAUUUUCCUUGUGCUGGCACCAAUCAUAGACGAUCCUCAGAUCGAAUACCUCUAUGUGACUUUAUUUAUAUUAAGUGGAGCUAUAGUCUACGUACCCUUCAUCCAUUACAAGCUCUGCCCAGGACUGCUCACCAAGUUAACAGUGUUCCUGCAGCUGUUCCUAGAGGUCGCCCCGGCUGAGAAGAAUCUGUAAUUCGGGCAGAAAAUUUCAGAAGAGGUGUUUUUCCAAUGUUAUUGUUGUGCAUUUUAACUCAACCUGCUGUUGCUAUGACCAAAAGUGAAAGUCUGUCACUUGCAGCUCCAAGAACUAAAGAACCAAACCGUAGCAUCCUUUGUCUUUAAACAGUUACUCUUUUAAUUACUGUCUUACAGUGCUAAAGAACUGUAUGUGAUGAAAUUGUAAUAAAAUUAUGCAUCCACCACUGUGCUUCAGAAAACUGUACAAAAAUAAAACAA